AUGGCGUGUUUGAAGGACCCCUCUUAUUUGAUCCUUAUGAAUGGUAGGAUUCAAGGGGAGAUUAGAGGUAAAAAAGGCCUUAGACAUGGGGCCCCAAUCUCUCCGUUGUUGUUUGUUCUCGCAAUGGAGUAUUGUACUAGGAUGUUAUGUCAAGCCUCUUUGGACAAGAGGUUCAGAUUCCAUCCGAAGUGCAAACCUCUAAAGCGUGUCAAUCUUUGUUUUGCCGAUGAUUUGGUUAUUUUUUGUAAGGGAGUCUCAAGUUCAGUUCAGAUAAUGAGGGAUGGUUUUACUGAAUUUUGCUUGGCAUCUGGUUUGUCUGCUAACAUGAAGAAAUCUCAAGUCUACUUUGGGGGUUUGGAUGAUAGAGAGACUCAUCAAUUGCUAGAGAGGCUUCGCUUCACUGAAGGGUGCUUUCCUCUCAAGUAUUUAGGUGUUCCGCUUCGAACAACGAAGUGGAAGGCUGGAGAUUGUGCUAUCAUCAUCACUAAGAUUCAGCAGAAACUUCAUACUUGGGCUAGCCGUCAUCUCUCGUUUGCAGGGAGGGCUCAAUUGGUUAAUUCUGUGUUGUUGAGUAUUAGAUCUUUUUGGAUGAGCAUUUUUAUGCUCCCUAAGAGUGUCACCAAGGAGAUAGAUCGCUUGUGUAGAAACUUCCUUUGGGGAGUUAAAGACAGCAAUUCUAAUCGUAGUAAGUUGCAUUUCACUGCCUGGAAUCAAGUUUGUCUUCCGAAAUGCAUGGGUGGUCUUGGCUUUAAGGAAUGUUGCACUUGGAAUACAGUUCUCCUUGCUAAGUUUGUUUGGGCUGUUUCUAGUAAGCAAGACAUCCUUUGGGAUGUUAGUUGGUAUUGGAGGAGAUUAGUUAGGUUGAGAACUGUUUUUUCUGCUAAUAGUUUAGCUGAGGCUCUCAAGAAUGAUAAACUCUGCUUGAAAGUUUUGUAUCACAGGUUACUCAAUAGGGAAAGAGUUGCUUUUGCUAAUGUGGUCUGGUGCUCCUUGGUUGUACCUAAGCAUAGGUUCAUCCUUUGGCAAGCAACUCUUGGUCAUCUCCUUACUCGGGACAAGUUGCAUUACUGUAAUCUGGAUCUGCCUUCUUUGUUGUGUCCUGUUUGUGAACUGGAGCAGGAAUCUCAUGCUCAUUUAUUUUUUGUUUGUCCUUUCUCUCAGCAGAUCAGGGCCCAAAUGGUGGACUAG